AUGUUGAACCCGCGCAGGGCUGAUCCGCACACGAUCCAGGACAAGUUCCUUGUCGGCUACCAAGGCUGGUUUACCUGCCCGGGUGAUGGGCCCCCGCUCGACCCGAACCACCACGGAUGGCUGCACUGGCUUACCGAGCCGAUCCCCGCCGGCGGGCGGCCCAACACCGAUCUUUGGCCGGACGUCUCCGCGUAUAGCCCGUCCGAGCUCUUCCCCGUUCCGGGUCUCCGCAUGGCCGAUGGCUCUGAACCUCUGCUGUUCUCGAGUCGGAAUGCGCAGACGGUCAGGCGGCACUUCCGGUGGAUGGCUGAAGCGGGCGUGGACGGCGCGUUCUUGCAGCGUUUCGUAGGCCAGUGCGAUCUUGAGAGAGGGAACAGGGCGAUCCGCGAUCAGAGGGACGAGGUCGGCGAUCGCGUCAGGGAGGCGGCGGAGGCGGAGGGCAGGGUGUUUGCUAUCAUGUACGACGUGACGGACGUGCCGCUCGAACGCAUACACGACGUGAUCACUCGCGAUUGGCAACACCUCGUCCGCGAGAAGCGCAUCCUCGACAGCCCGAACUACCUACGCGAGAAAGGUCGACCUGUCAUCUCUAUCUGGGGUCUUGGCUUCGAUGGCCGCCCUUAUACCCCGCACACCGCUCGCGCCAUCCUGCACAUCCUCCGCACUUCCACCCCGGGCGGCGCGUACCUCAUUGGCGGCGCACCCGCUCACUGGCGCACCGGCCGGCCUGGCUCCGACGCCGAUCCAAACCCGGCAUGGAUCGACCUCUGGACGGACGAGUUUGACGCGAUCAGCCCAUGGACAAUCGGGCGAUACGGCGACGAGCAGGGCGCCGACCAGUUCGCGGAGGAGAAGGUCAAACUCGAUAUGGAGCACAUCCAGAAAAAGAAUGAGGAGUGGGAGCGGGCGGGGAAGACGAAGAGGGUGGAUUACAUGCCGGUCGUAUUCCCGGGCGGAUCGGGGUUCAACCUCUCCGAGGGCAAGUGGGGCUUCAACGACAUCAAGCGCAAUGGCGGACGCUUCCUCUGGCGCCAGAUUUUCAAUGUUAAACAUCACGGCGUGCGCAUGAUCUACGGUGCUAUGUGGGAUGAGUAUGACGAAGGCACUGCCUUCCUCCCCGUCGUCGCGCACAAGCGUCAGCUUCCUCAGUCCGACCGCUGGCCCUUCCUUGCGCUCGACGCGGAGGGCCACGACCUUCCGACCGAUUGGUACAUGAGGAUCGCCGGCCUGGCCGCCGAGGGCCUUCGCGGGGAGCGCCAGAUCCACGACACCUUCCCCGUCAAGGAACUUCAGGAUUUCUGGUCCUCGCGCCCGCACUACGAAGACGAAGCGCAGAGCUCAGCCUCUGGCUCGGGUUCCGGUUCUGGAUCUGGCGACGAUGCAGGGAAGGCCUAUCAAGAUUGGCUUGCGUCACAGGCUAAAUCGGAUGGCGAUGAGCCGCCGCCACCGCCUUAUACGCUCGAAGCGGAACCAACUCAGCCUCAUGAGCACUCUCAACCGCCGCCCGCACCGGCGUCCACGCGUCCACGUCCGCCUGCAGUCCCGCCUCGCAACCCUUCGCAGGUUCAGGACCCGGUAACAAGCCUCGCAAGCGAGCUGCAAUCCACGUCUAUCUCUGUGUCUGCCUCCUUCUCGAGUUCGCGCCCUCCACCUGUGCCAAGUGGGCGUCCGACGUCACCAUCAAUAGCCGUGCAUUUUCGGCCGGAACAGACGUACCCACAACAUCUGAGCUCGAACGGCGAAGGUCACGGCGGCCAGUGGGAGCAAGUUCAGUGGCCCCCGCCGAAUUGGCACCCCUCGCCGGCUCAGUACGACCCAACAUCACCAGCGGGUCCGACCGCGCCGCUGCGACCCCGUCCUUCCCAAUCGCGCCCGGUGUCAGGGGGUUUUGACACCGUCUCGACAACGGCUCCGCUACAUCCUCGACCUUCUCAGUCCCGCCCCGUCUCGGGUGGGUUUGAUCACAACUCGACGACGGCCCCGCUACGCCCUCAUCCUUCAUCGCGCCCGUUGUCGGUCAAUCAUGAUCCUGCCUCCGCAACUGGCCCGCCGCCCCCACACGCGUCCUCUCGCCCAGUGUCGGGCAACCCGGAUCCUGGGCCAAGCAACGUUCCGCCUAUCAACCUCGCCGCUCGUCCCUCGCUCUCGCACCCACACUCUCAACCGGGCGGCCCACCACCUCCUCCGUUGCGUCCGCGCCCGUCCAUAAGCGGCUCUCCAGGCGUACACACAUCUGCCCCAUCUCCACCUCCGCUCCAACCGCAGCCCUACGCUCCCUAUGCUCCCCCUGAACCGCAUCCGUAUUUGUAUAACGGACAGGGAUACACACCUCAGUACCCCUCUCCGCCGCUCGGCUUCGGUGGACCAGGUACUCCGUACAGCGAUCCCGAACCAGGCCCAGGCGCCGCCGGGUUCUACGGCGGGUUCCCGCAGGCCAUGCCUUUUUCUCAGCCGUCUUCGCCCCCGCCUGGUGGCAAUUCACCUUACCAAUCGUACGCUGGAUAUGGAUCCCCACCACAGCCGCAUAGCCCGCCUCCGAACGCCUACUACUCACAGCCGCAACCGCAACUGCCCCCUCCGCCUCGACCCUACAACGCACCCGCUGGCUCGAGCGGCAGCAUGCCCGCCCCGGCGCCGCUCCUGUCCUCCGCGCCGGUCGGUUAUGCACUCAACGCGAUCGGCAGCGUCGCGGGCCAGGGGACGAGACGGCAGAUCGAGAAGGGUGUCGACUCGCUCGCGCAGACUGGAUCCAAGAUUUUCGGCAGGUUUACGAGAUAG